GCUGUGGAUGGCAGAGACUCCGGCCCGAGAGUGGCUCCUUUGUUCCGUACGCCUUCAUUCAGCCGAACGGAUCUUGGUGUUGGAGCAAUGCUGGCUUCAUAGCUUCUCCCGACGGAUCAGGUCUUUUGGUGGACACAUUGAUGGACCCCGUGCUCACUGGCACAAUGCUGCGGGAGCUGGGCCCUGCCACAGGUGGCAGCGCUCCCGGACGCGUUGAUGCUGUCGUCUUCACACAUCCGGACGUGGAUCACAUACUCGGGAACCAGGCUGUAGCACCGGAAAUUCCACGCUUGGGCACGGCGAAAGCUCAGCAGGACAUCGAUGCUCAGGCUGGUGCUGCAUGGAAGUUGAAGCUGUGCGUGGAAGCUGGCAGAUUCAUAUGGCAAGUGUUGAAGCUCUUCGGAGGACCUUCCCUGCUGCCAUUGCUGCCUUCUGCAUUGCAGCCCCGGGCUCUGUCACUCCUGGGCUUUGCAAAGUCGCAAGACAAUCUCGCAGGUUUCAACCUGAAGCCCGUGGAGGGCGCUCGGCUUCCGAAGUUCGAAUCCCUCCUGGCCUCAGGAGACAACAUCACGGUGCAUGGCCAGCCUCUGCCAGUGCGGUUCUGGGAGGUGGGCGCAAUUCAUUCAAAAAGUGACUCGAUGAUCCUGUUGCCUGUUUUCAUAAGAAGAGCCAAGGAGAGCAAGGUGGCAUUCACGGGCGACCUGCUGUUUAUUGGCAUCGCGCCCGUGAUGUGGAGCGGACCCGCUUCUACUUGGGUCAAAGCACUCGAUGAUCUGUUGGAGGCCACCGGAGGCGACUGGCGCUUUGUUCCCGGCCACGGCCCUGUUACCGAUGCAGAAGGUGUCCGCUCGGUGCGGAGAUACUUCGCCUAUCUCCAUGAGGCAGUCUCAAAAGCCUGCAGCGACUUGCCGCUGGCCAUCUCCGAUGCCGAUGAAGCUUGCGCAAAGCGCGUUCUGGAGCAGAUGCCACAGGAUCUCAAGGAUGACUUCCACGAGCCUGAGCGCAUAAUGAUCUGCGCUGUCAUUGAGCGAAUGGCACGUCGUGCCGGCGGGUCAGCGAAAGUGAACGUCAUGACCAAGUUGAAGUGGAUUGGGAAGAUGAGUGAGCAUCGAAUGCAGCUGCCUGCUCCUCCCGGAAAGACUGGUGGAGACGAGCUUUAG